CUUCUCAGUGGCCUCAGCAAACAUUUCUUCCUCCGCUCACAUUUGCAAUUCUUCAGCUGCUGUUUGUCUCUCAUGACUUUUUAAAAAUCUUGCCUCAUCCCUUUUUUCCAGCAGUGCCCAGUUGGAUCCUGCCCCUCACAGCCCUCUUUGGGCAGUGCCCCCCUGCAGCCACUCUGUUUUCUUUUAUUAACAGUGACUGGGUUUGAUUUCCUGAUUGCAUUGAGCACAUUCACUCUGGUAUUUGCAUCUUGCUCACACUCCUUUCCUCUUUCACUUUUCCUCUUUCCUCUUCCCCUUUCCACUUUCUUCCUCCCCUUUCUCUUUUUCCCUUUCCUUUCCCCUUCCCCUUUCCUUUCCCCUUUCUGUGCUAAAUUAGCUGAUCUCUUACUAAGCCCCUCUUUUCUUUUCCUCCAGGCUGAGCAAAUUUCACUAAUUCAGCCUCAUAAAAUAACAGAGCAAUUAGUAAUAAAAUAAAAUGUUUGCUUUCCACAAUCCUGCUCACUUACAAUGAAUUGGGAAAGAGCAAAUAGAUUAAAAGCGUGGUGGAAAGCGACCUGGCAGUAUUCCAUAUAUUUAUUUUCUUCCGACGACCGUAGAUCAAAUUUGUUCAGCCCCUAAGUGGGAAAAGCACUUUAUUUUAUUUUUUUCCCAGGCUCCAGCUCGUGGUGCCGGGCGCUCACGCUGCGUGUUUGUUCUCUCCUGCUUUCAUCCCGAAGCCAUACCGGUCCCCAGCAGGACCCGCGCUGGCAGAACCUGGCGCUAAUUUGUCGAGCAGAACGGGCCGAGCUCGCGCCUCUCCUGGGCUGGAGGCUGGGAAAAAACCUCCCUUUGCUGACGCUGGAAGGCAAAGGGGUGGCGGGAGGAGGUUUUGUGGAGUGUGAGGCCGGAUCUGGAGCAAAUCAAAGUCGAUGGCGAGGUGGCCGCUGGGCCGGCUCCGGCACCCGCUGGCAGGGAAUUGCAUAACAGGAUGGGGCCGGGGAUGGUUUUUGGGCUAAACUGGGUGAAACACGUGGCCGUGGCCGUGCAGAGCUGUCCCUGUCACUGCUGGUACAGGCAGCACUGGUGUGGGGCGGCCUCAGGGGAGGAGGGAAGGCUGGGCUGAUAAAAAACACACAGGGAGGUGGGUCAGGGGAGGUUUUGGGGAGGGAUAUCCUGGCUCUUCCUCCCUGGGCUUCACCCCCCUCAUGUUCCUCCCCCAGAGCCUGCUGCCCCCGGGAGAACCAGCGUGGAGGAGCCGCUGCCGGCCGGGGCCAUGAGGACAGCAUCCCCCUGAGCGCCGGGCGGUGAGCCCGCAGGGGCAUCCCUGCAGGAUGCCGAGGCUACGGGGAGGAUGCUGACACCAUGAAGGGCUACCAUGGGGAGCGUAGCCAGACACAGCCCUCCUCCGGCCACCGCUGCCGCUGCAUCCCAGAGGACUGCCAGCAUCCCGCCGACUACAUCCCGCACGGCCCCGAGGGCCGGCCGCCCUACCUGCUCAGCCCCAGCGAGCCGUGUUCCCUGGAGCAUCCCCACUGCCCGGCGCGGAGCCCCGGCGCGGCCAGCGAGUGCCCGGGCGGGCCCCUGAGCGAGCCGCCCUCUGCCAGCGCCAGCAGCACCUUCCCGAGGAUGCACCACGCGCAGCAGCCCUACGACUCCUGCGACGAAUGCAUGGCGACCGCCCACCCCGCCAGCAAGAUCAACCGCCUGCCCCCCACGCUGCUGGACCAGUUCGAGAAGCAGCUGCCGCUGCACCACGACGGCUUCCACACGCUGCAGUACCCGCGGGCCGGCGGCGCCGAGCCCCGCAGCGAGAGCCCCAGCCGCAUCCGCCACCUCGUCCACUCCGUCCAGAAGCUCUUCGCCAAGUCCCACUCCCUGGAGGCGCCGGCCAAGCGGGACUACAACGGCGCCAAGAUGGACGGCCGCGGGGACGGCUACCACCACCACCACCACCACCACCAUCACCACCACCACCACCAGUCCCGCCACGGCAAGCGCAGCAAGAGCAAGGACCGUAAGGUGGACUCCCGGCACCGGUCCAAGAUGUUGGGCUGGUGGAGCUCCGACGACAACCUGGACAGCGACAGCAGCUACAUGGUGUCGGGCCGGCACGCCGCCGACCAGGGCACCCAGUACUGCGUGGACGCUCCCGAAAGUGCCUUCAGAGACUUGACCUUGAAGAGUCUAAAGGGCGGCGGGGAAGGAAAAUGCCUGGCCUGUGCCGGCAUGUCCAUGUCUCUGGACGGCCAGACGCUCAAGAGGAGUGCCUGGCACACCAUGACCGUCAGCCAGGCCCGGGAAGCCUAUCCCAGUGCUGGUGGCACCGAGAAGACCUUGAUGCUUCAGGAAGCAAAGGCCAAAGACCGAGCAUACCAGUACCUGCAGGUGCCGCAGGACGAGUGGAGCGGGUACCCAGCGGGCAAGGACGGGGAGAUCCCGUGCCGGCGGAUGCGCAGCGGCAGCUACAUCAAGGCCAUGGGCGACGAGGACAGCGCCGACUCGGACAUCAGCGCCAAAGUGCUGCCCAGGGCGGCCACGCGGCGAGACAGCUACCGCCGCUCCUCCAGCGCCGACCAGGCCAGGACCAAGUUUGCAAGUAGGCACUAUUCUGAUUCAUAUAUCUGUAACUGUCCCAGCUGCUGCACGCCACCGCGAAUGCUCCCGCGGGGACAGAGCUACGGGCGCUCCUUCACCACCGGCCAGAUCAACGACGAGCUCAACCACCAGUUUGAGGCCGUGUGCGAGUCGGUUUUCGGCGAGGUGGAGUCGCAGGCCGUGGAGGCGCUGGACCUGCCCGGCUGCUUCCGCAUGCGGAGCCACAGCUACCUGCGGGCCAUCCAGGCGGGAUGCUCCCAGGACGACGACUGCCUCUCGCUCUUCUCCAUGUCGGCCCCGCCGGGGCCGCCCAUCACCAGCAGCAUCCUGAAGCCCAGCACUUCCUUCAGUUACAGAAAAGCUCCACCUCCCAUCCCUCCAGGAACCAAAGCCAAACCCCUCAUCUCUGUCACGGCGCAGAGCAGCACCGAGUCCACCCACGAGAGUUACCUGCCCAGCGAAGUUUCCCGCGGCCCCGCCUGGUCCAAAGACGCCAAGGCCCGCUGCAACUCUGCCGAGAGCCUGGAGAGCUCCAAGGUGACGGCCGUGGCCCUGGACCUGCCCCCGGUGCAGCCCCGCUCCGCUCCCAAGCCCUCCACCCUCAUCAUCAAGGCCAUCCCCGGCCGGGAGGAGCUGCGGAGCUUGGCAAGGCAGCGCAAGUGGCGCCCGUCCAUCGGCGUCCAGGUUGAGGCCGCCUCCGACUCGGACACGGAGAGCCGGAGCCAGAGGGAGUUCCACUCCAUCGGGGUGCAGGUGGAGGAGGACAAAAGGCGAGCGCGCUUCAAGCGCUCCAACAGCGUGACGGCGGGUGUGCAGGCCGACCUGGAGCUGGAGGGCUUCACCGGCCUGGCCGUGGCCACCGAGGACAAGGCCCUGCAGUUCGGGCGGCCGUUCCAGCGGCACUCCUCGGAGCCCGAGUCGGGCCGGCAGUACGCCGUGUACAAGACGGUGCACACGCAGGGGCAGUGGGCGUACCGGGAGGAUUACCAGCUGCAGUACGACACGGUGGAGGUGCCCCGGCGGGACGCCUGGAUCGAGCGGGGCUCCCGCAGCCUCCCCGACUCCGGCCGCGCCUCCCCCUGCCACCGAGACGGGGAGUGGUUCAUCAAACUGCUGCAGGCAGAGGUGGAGAAGAUGGAAGGCUGGUGCCAGCAGAUGGAGAGGGAGGCCGAGGACUAUGACCUGCCCGAGGAGAUCCUGGAGAAGAUCCGGAGUGCAGUGGGCAGCGCCCAGCUCCUCAUGUCCCAGAAGGUGCAGCAGUUCUACCGCCUCUGCCAGCAGAACAUGGAUCCCAAUGCUUUCCCUGUGCCCACCUUCCAAGACCUGGCUGGCUUCUGGGACCUCCUGCAGCUCUCCAUUGAGGAUGUCAGCAUGAAGUUUGCAGAGCUCCAGCAGCUCAAGGCCAAUGGGUGGAAGAUUGUGGAGCCCAAGGAGGAGAAGAAGGUGCCUCCCCCGAUACCAAAGAAGCCGCCGCGCUCCAAGGUGCACCCUGUGAAGGAGCGCUCCCUGGACUCGGUGGACCGGCAGCGGCAGGAGGCCCGCAAGCGGCUCCUGGCGGCCAAGAGAGCCGCGUCCUUCCGCCAGAGCUCGGCCACCGAGAGCGCGGACAGCAUCGAGAUCUACAUCCCCGAGGCACAGACCCGGCUGUGACCGCGGCCUCCGCUUUUCUA